UUUCAAAAUUUUGUACGUACAAAUAUUGUACCACAAAGUCGGGCAUACCAAGAUGAAAUCGGUGUUCCGGAACGCCAUUUCUCUACUCCCUCGCACCGCCUUAAACCCUAAACCCACCUUCCCUCCCACUCUCAUUCCCGCUCGCAAUUUCUCAGUCCCUCUUUGCAACGUCCUCGUUUCGGUUUCAUACUGCACUUCAAUGGCGGCCGGUGAUCUCGACGCGCCUCUCUCCCAUUCUUCAGAGAAGCUGGAGAAGCAGUUCGAGGAAUUCCGGAAGAAUUUGCUGGAUUCUUCGAGCUUACACGAUCGAAUUAGAGCUGUGGCUAUGGAGAUGGAGUCCACUACUCGGCUCAUUCACUCUAGCCUCCUCCUCAUUCAUCAGUCUCGCCCCGUUCCCGAGGUCUUAGAGAAAGCAAGUGUUCAUAUCGGGGUGCUGAAGGAACUGUAUACCAAGAUUUCAGAAAUUCUGCGGGAAUGCCCUGGACAGUAUUAUAGGUAUAAUGGUCUUUGGAGGAGUGAGACACAGACUGUGGUGUCAUUGCUGGCAUUUAUGCAUUGGCUGGAGACAGGGACUCUUCUCCUGCAUAAUGAAGUUGAGGAAAAAUUGGGCUUAAAUGCUUCAGAUUUUGGACUUGAUACUGAAGAUUACCUUAUUGGGAUUUGUUUCAUGUCUAAUGAGUUGCCUAGGUAUGUGGUGAACAAAGUGACAGCUGGGGAUUAUGAUUGCCCCCGCCAGGUUCUAAAAUUCAUGACAGAUCUUCAUGCUGCAUUCCGCAUGCUUAAUCUUCGAAAUGAUUUCUUGCGUAAAAAGUUUGAUGGAAUGAAAUAUGACCUUAGAAAAGUGGAAGAAGUUUAUUAUGAUGUAAAGAUUCGAGGCUUGGCAACCAAUGCAAAUUCAAAGGAAACUGAAGAAGCAGCAUGAUUUUGUGACCUUUGCAAUCUCAAUUUCUCUUGAAAUUCUGGAUUCCUUACAGAUGUAUUACUGUUUUUUUGCACAUCUGAAAAAUCUUACAAACUUAAGGAAACUAUGUACAAUUGUAAGAAAAGUCUAGUGCGA